ACAGCUGGCUCUGGCACAUUCCCCCUCCUUGAGGCUUAUGAUACGUGACAAUUUUCCGCAAUGCUCGUUUGGUCGGUCAGCCACCGCAUACUCAGACUAUUGUUUACGUCAGAAGAUAAAUUAGGGCAUCUUUAGGACGUCUAUUCGGCGCGGAUUGGCGCGUUCUCAAGCCUCUUUCCAAUAAAUUUCAUAACAAUUGUCCAAUUUUUCACAAAACAAAAAAUAACAACACACACAACAACAAUAUUGAAGAAAAAAAACCGCACUGAAAAAAUGUCGAAUGAUUAAAGGUGAUGUAAUGUGCGAAAGAAUUCUGCAAUGUUUACACAAAGAAAUGUACGGAGUCGUGAAGAAAGGAAAGGUGCCAGCAAGAAGGAAAGGACAUAUGGAAUGUUAGCACGGUUAUUGCAAUUCGAUAGCAAAUAGAAAUGGUUACAAACGAAAGUGAGAAAAGAAAGCCCAAUUGAAUGCGCGGGCAAACAGAGCCAUGUCAAUGGAAUAAAAUUUAAUGAAUUGUGAGCGCCGAUUGAGCAGAUGUUCGGUUAAUCUUAAGCAAUUGUACGGUGGAUUUUAUCGAUUCUUAUACACAUAUAGGAUUGUAUGUACAUACAUAUGAAUGUAUAUACACAUAUGUGUACUUACAUAAAUAUGUAUCAUACAUGCAUGCCUAGAUGAGGAGCAAAUGAGUCGCCACUAAAUUCUUGUACCGCAGAUAAUUAUUACUUUCAUAUCAAAAAAAAAAACUAUCGCAAUCACACACAGACACACGUACAUACACACGGUUCCAACCAGGAUUCAAUUCCUCCAAGCAUUUGAAACAUUUUUUUCCUAAGCACUUCCUUACUAAAUAUUGCUAAAAUAUCCACUGUGUACAAAUCAAUUUUGCAAAUACUUAAAGCAAACUGCAGAGCUGAACUGCAAAUCGAAAACGUAGAGCAGAUAGCUUAACAAAUGCGAAAGCUUGAACAAUGUUGAGUUUCAAGUAAUUUUAACUUCAAAGUAUGGAUCUAUAAAUCUAUAUUAUAUAUAUGUAUAUAUAUACAUAUAUGUAUGUCGUAUACCCGAAUCCAAAUUUUGCUCCACUCAUUCCCAACAAAGAUUUGUUUUCAACUCUACAAUUCUCACCCUUAUUAUAGCAAAGUCUUCAUAUAAUUUAGCGGAGACUUUACUCUCUUCAAAAAUGACAAGAGUUUGAAAAGGUGGUGCUGCCACGAUCCAAAGGAAAUGAAGUGGUUAAAACGUAGCACUGCUUGCACUCCGGUUCACAUUCGAGUUUUGUACACAGCGGUGAACGGACGAGUUUGCCGAGGCCAUAUUAUACAAACAGUGUCAGUGCCUUUUACGCGAAUAAAAUCAUACAUGCCUAUACCCCAACUGAAAUAAAAGCACCAUAGAAAACAACGAUUUUUAUUCAAGUGCUUAAAAAGGUAAAAAAUUGUGAAACGUGUAUAUGUAUGAUUGUGCAUGUUCUAUUAUUGGUAAUAAUUCAAAGCAGCAGCCCUUAUAAAAAAUUUUUUAAUCAAACUUUUAUGUACAUGCAUAUGUGCAUAUGUGCGUGUAAUAUAAUUCAUUACGAAUUGUUUAAAUACUUCUGAAGUGCACUUAAAAUGCGUGGUAUUCGCUAAAAAGCUUUGGAUAUAAUCGAUCAACGCGAAACUAAUUAAAACGGCUAGACUGUAAAUGAGCAUGCGCAGCCACGCGGACUAAACAACCACUUGCAGACGCAAUGCAAUACGGGCAGCAUCGCCACUCGAACACCACUUGAGGCCACUCUACAUUUAAAUGGAAUAAAAGGUACGGAAAUAGUGCGCGCGCGUUUUAAAGGUCGCAAAUCUGAGAAAGAGUUUCAAAAAAUAUGGGAGAGCACAAAAGAAAGCAAAAAAUUUGCAAAAGCAGUCGCUUUUUAAUUCCUGUUUUCCAAUUGAGACGAAAAUCUGCCAAUGGCAGCAACACAUUCUCAUACUCCGCGAAUAUCAGCACAUGCGCCAGAAGACAGCAAUUGGAGUGGCCAAACUACUUUACUUGCAAACAAAAACUGCGAAGUUAAUCAUUUGUAAACCUGAUUUUCACUGCCUUUUCCAUAAGCGCUUUGUUUAUCCGAUGUACGCAGACGAAUAUACAUACAUGAUUCGCUUUCGUUGCGCAGCUGGAAUGCCGGCAGGCAGAGUCGACUGCUGGACCCUUAAAUGCCGUCAAGAGUGAAAUUAGAAUAAAUAAUUUGGAAAAAACGUUUUGCGUACGUUAAAUUAAACUGAAGUGACAACUGAGUGAAUGCACACGGGUGCCAAUUUCUCUUUUUUUAUUCGGCAAUUUAAACAUUUUUUAAACUAAUAAUUUACACGGUUAAUUAAUUAGUUGUUCUCCUUUCUUUGCAGAUAUUUAACUAAAUUUCUAUAAACAAUGCUUAAGUGGGCAGUUAACACACCGCGACUGUCCUAUCUUACAGUGGACGAAUCAAAAGCAAAUACCGAAAACUUGCAGCUGAAAACUUUAAGCGCCUUAUCCCCGGGAAAACUCAACACUCCUAAUGAAAUAAUUUCCACCCAAACACAAACGCUCUCCGUCAAGCGGCAGAGGCUGAAACGGAAAUCUUCUGAUAUUUACCUUUCACGACGUUUGCAAAACUGGUUGGAUAAGGAAAAUCAAGUGACAUCUACUCCACUUCACUCAAGCUCAAAGGUAUAUAACAAAAACGGUCCUUUGCGUCGGCUUAACAGUUUCAAAGACUUAUCCAACAUCAUACCUUAUGAGAACGCUGUCUCAAACAAUCCCCCAAACCCAAACUUAUCACAGUUUAACGCACCAAGUCAGUGUAUAGAUAAUGAUAUAUUAACAAAGAACAAUCCUGUCAACUAUGCUACUACACUGCCUACUCUCGAAGUCGAAUACUCGCCAUGCGGCCUAGUUCCCGGACCGAUUCUGGCAUUGCGCGGUUUGGGUAUUGCUGAUAGAUACUUUGAUCAACCGCGAUAUCUGCCACAUAAUAAGAGCGAGGAAACUAUAGUACAAACAAAACCAACCAUUAAUAUAAUUAAUUCUACGUUUCAAAAUCAAAGGCAUACACGACGAUCUUUGAAUAGCAUACGCGAUGAUACUGCAUCAUUGAGCUCUUCCAAAAUGGGUGAUCAAACGCUGGAACGUAUGAUAGACGCGAUAUUGGAGAGCACAAGAAAGGAAAAGAAGCCUAUGAAGUUUGCGAGACAAUCAAAUAACCAGCAGUGCAUGGUAAUGUCACCCACAUACACACCUGCAGAAGAUCCCGCCAACGAUUUAAGUGAAUUUUGGAUUGAGACACAAAAUGAAGAGCCGCUUUUACAAACAAUGCGAAAGAAACGACGUUCUCGACCAGCUAGUGUUACAUCAAUAUACAGCGAGCGAGAGGUUCGGUCUCCACAUCGAACAAGCAACCGUAAACGUAAUAUUUUUCACUUGCGCCGACAGCGAGCAGUGCGUAGAAAACGGAAAACUCCUAAGGACAGCGUGAAACAAUAUACACAUAAAAUAGGUGAGCCAACAUCGACAAACAAAGAACUAACAGAAUCGGCCGAGCAUAAUUGUAAACGGGUUGAUAAUUCAAGCCCUGAUAGUGGUCACAAUUCCUUCAGCGAAUUGGAUGACAAUUCCAUCAUGCUGGAGAGUAAUUGCUUAGCGAUCGUCAGCCCGCUGGAGAGCUCUGAUCUGUGUGCUUUAAAUUCAACAAAACGGCGCCUUAGCUUUACAAAUCAGACGUCAAUCGUAUAGUAUACAUAUGCAUACCCAUACAUAUGUUUUAUGGAUUAGCGUUAUAAUUUGUUGCAUUUUCUGUUUAUUACUUGAUAUAACGUUUUUUUACAAUUUAUUUUCGAAUAAAAUCGUAAUCUUUUGUA